GGUGACAAUUUCCAAGUAUCAACAAAUUUUGUUACCUAAAUAAUUGGUCACCAGUCACCGGUCACUAGGAUCAUACCUACUCAAUAAAAAAUGUUGGAAAACAGUGACAAGAAACAAACGCGAGUUAGUAAAGAGCAUAAUGCCACUUCUCCAAAACUGUCCGUGACUUCUGUCGCGUGUCGUAUAUGUUACGAGAGUGAAAAAGUCGAAGAGUUAGUAGCCCCCUGCUAUUGCAAGGGUUCUGUCGCUUACGUGCAUCGAUCAUGCCUAGAUCAGUGGUUGAGCGAAUCAGGAACAACGAACUGUGAAUUAUGCCAUCAAAUGUUUAGGAGGGAGAAACUCGCGAAGACUAAUCACUUUCGUUCUAUUUGCCAUUGGCUCAAAAAUGGACCAAGAUCUCCGGAACAAGGCGUAAGAGUUCACAUAAUAGCAUGUACAGUAAUAACACCCUUGGCCAUUAUUGUGGUAACAUAUAUCGUCUGCAUGUAUUAUAGCCAGCAGAAAUUUUCAGAAGCUGUUACUCGAGCGGAAGACGAAAGAAAUUCCUCUGUUUCUUUAUUGACUGUAAUUGGUAUCAUACUUAUUGGUUAUUAUUUGUGGGUUUAUGCAGUAACCAGGCUUCAUGCCAGAUGGCAAAGGUCUUGCAUCAUAAGAUAUAUACCUAGGAAUCUCCCCGAAGACCAAACUGUUCUUGUUCCCAUUAUCAGUCCUCCUAAUCGAGUUGAACAGGAAUCGAGCAGUAAUGGUGAUGGUGAUGACAGUAUGGUAAUAACCAUUAAUAAACCUUCAACCAGUAGUCACACAAUUCCUUGCAUAUUGUAAAGAUCGUAUGAAACGAAUUUGUUUCAUAAUUUUAGUAUUUUAAAGUUAAAAAUAUAUUUCUCAACUGAUUCUAUUCAUUUUUCAUAUUAUAUAUAAAGCACAAUUUUGUAGCAGUACACAUUUUGGCUUAAAUAUAAGGAAAAAGGCUUUAAAUUAAAAUGGUCAAAUAUAGUUUAAUAUUAACUACAUAUGUAACUAUUAAACAUGUCUCUGUAGGUAUUGUACUGAUUUUGUUAAUUAUAAUUUUGUAAGUAAAUAAAACCAGUUCUGUUUCCUAUUUUGGUGAUGUUGUUCAAUGUAUAGGGUGUCCCAGUAGGGGCAAUGAAGUACGAUGUUAGGGAAACAGAGGAUCCUAAUAAUUAAAAAAAAAAAAUUAUUAAGUAAAUCUGUAAAAACAAAAUGCUGGAAAUAAUAUUCAAGUCUGUGAAAUGGUCAACAAUGCAAUAAAUAAUAUGCAAAAUGAUAUUCAAGUCUGUGAAAUGGCCAACAAUGCAAUAAAUAAUAUGCAAAAUGCUCAAAAAAAAGUUAGAUUUUAGGAAAAAUUUUCUACUUUAGAGGUCUAAUUAUCCCAAAUGUACGAAAUAAAUCUAUUAUAUAGGAUGCCAAAUGAUAUUUACAAUCAAAACACAAUGUUAUCAUUGAUCUUUAUUAUUUCUUCACAGUACAUUCGAAGGGCGCCAAAUUACACUGUAGCUGAGAUUCCUACAUUUUGACUUGCUUAGCAGUUUUCAAAAAGCCAUUUUUAACAACUCCAAGUUUAUUAAAAUGCAUUAAGCCUUUUGGGAUACCCAGACAUGUAUUAUAUUUAUUAUUUAUGUAUUAUAAGAAAAUAUUCGAACAACCCCCGCCCCCCAUAUACCUUGCAGAGAUAGAGUGAAAAAAGAACUUGUCUCAUUCUUAAAAUAAAACCCCUUUAACUAUGGUUAAUAUUAUAAAUUUUUGUAGAAACCGAUUCAAAUUACGCCCCCUGGUAGCGAUAUCAGAAACUUGAAAAUAAUUUCCAGUCAGUCGUCCUUACUGGGACAGCCAGUAUAUGUGAUACUUGCAAAUUUGUCAGCAUUUUUGCUUGGACAUGUGGUUAUUGUUGUUAGGCUUAUAUCUUUAAUAUUUUGUACAUCCCAUUGAAUAGGCUUAUUUAUCUGUAGAUAUUUUGUUUUAGAUUUCUGGCUAGUGUUAUUGGCUUGAUUUUAAACACCACAAAAAUCAAUAUUAAAAUUAACAUAAAAUUAGUGAAAAUUUGAAUAUUAAACUUCGGAGAUCUAUCCAAAGAAAGCACUUAGUUAAUAAUAACGCAGCAUCUUCAAACUGCCAUCCUAAUCAUAACUAUUGGAUAUAAUAGAUCUUAUGGCAUUUAAAGUUAUUUGUCUGGAUCCAGUACUUGACAGUAUAUGCUGCUACAGCUUACAUCUUCUCCAAACAAUACAAUAGAAUUUUGUUGAUUUUUUUAUAAAUACUUUGCUAUUGUGCAUUUUUUAAAUUUUGACUUGAAAUUGUUCUAAAACUGUUGUUGCACUACAUUUCGCAAAUUUGUAGUUAAACAGAAUUUCCACUUACACGUUUAAUUAAGUGACAACAUUGAAUAUAAUAAAUUCUGUUAUUUUGUAACUGUUUUUUUGGGCUCAGCAUUUUAAUCAUUGCUUAACUUAGUUUUUUUUUAAAUAGGUUAUCAAUAAUACUGAGAAGAAACAUGUACGCUACAAAAUACACAUUCUUAACACUAGACAUUUUUAAUGUAGAUACUUUUAAAAUAUAAGUAAUAUUGGCACAGUCAAUAUAUUUUUUUUUUAAUGGAUAUUUAUUAUGAAGCCCCGAUUGUACCGGAUACUUUUGUAUUGGAAAAUCAAUGGAAUUAAACGCCGAUAAACACAGUUAUCUACGGCCGCUUCUCGUUAUUAUUCUCCUCAAUUUACCUAUCGCUUGAUUCGGCUGGAAGGACCAUCCAGUGUGUUGUGCUUUCGGUUUUGUUUAGCUUUGGUUAGUUUUUAGGAUUAAAUAAUCUGUUUAAUAUUUUUAUUUGCUACCUAAAUCAGAAAUUCAAACAAAAAAGUUAAGCAAAACAGAAAUUUUAACUAUCAAUGUUAGAAUAAGAAAUAGAACGUAACCAUAUCUGGGUAUUUUAAAGUUACCAAAAAAUCGAAGGCGAGUCAAAUAAAAAAAAAAUUAUAAUGUACGGCAGAUGACAAACUAAUUAAUUUGGACUCCGAAAUAGCAGAAAUCAGCAUAGUGUUUUCAUAGAUCAAUGGUUUUGGAUUAUUGAAAUGCAAUAAAAGUACAUGUGCUUUGUGUAAAAAAGAACUUAGCAAUAUGCAGGCUUUAUUACUUUUCUAAAUUGAGAAGUUCGUUCUUAGAAAUUCUUAGAAAUCGGGAUCUAAAUAUAUCUCUUCGAAUCGCAUAUGCUGUCUGGUCGGUGCGUCUCUAUGGAGUGGACUCGUGGACAAACAUGAUGAAAAAGGUAUAUUGCCUUCGAAAUAUAGACUUAUUGAUGCUAAUUGAGAGUACCUUCGGCCGGACAGGGUAAAAAACAAAAAAAUGUUCAUACACGCCGAGAAUUGUUAACAACUAAUGAGAGAAAAAAGACUCACCUUGGUCAUACUUUUAGACACGACGGAUACCAAACAGUAGAAGAGGAACUAGAACACAGUGGAUCGGAUUAAGAACGACCGAAAAGCUGAAUUGAUUAUUUGAAUAUUUGACUGGAAACUUAUGUAGUUGGCGACUGUGAUAUGUCCAUUAUGAUAACGCUAUUCCGGAGAAUUUUAGGUCAGUCAAUCCCUGAACCAUUAGCACAAAAAGUUCUGCCGUUGUAUCUCAUGGCAGUCCAGGCAUAAGUCUAAUAUUUUUAGAACUAAGCCACAAUGUAUAUUUUUCUAUACCUUCAGGAAGAAUCAGGCCAUCCUUUGGAUUGAGUGUCUGAAUGUCAAACCAUGUCUCAUCAAGAUAAAUGUUUGUCAGAAAGAUAUUUUCUUAUCGCUUUUGUAUACUCAUGUCACCAUUUUUUUAAACGCUAGGAUUCCAUAAAAAGUUGUCUCUUAUCUGUUUCAUACCUUUUGGAUUCCAAUGUCGACAAAAGUUUACACAGAUUUUUUGGUUUUCGUCAUUCACAAACCUUUCCUUUGGAUUUCUUAGUGUAUGCAUUUCCUUUCGGCUUAUUCCUGGUUUUCUUGACACUAUACUUCUGACAAAAAUCAAGGGUAUCUUAGCCAAAUCACAUAAUUUAUUUGCAACAGCAGCGCGUCCUCUAUUUAGUAAAAGAAUUGUGUAUAGCAAUAGGAAUGGUUUCCCAUGUAUUAAACAACGAUAUUUCUAAAACCCAACACCCCAACACAGAAUGCUGUUCAGUUUCGGUGCGAAAUGAGGCAUUUUACAAAUAAAAAAUAGCCAAUAAACGGGCGCAGCUCUAUCUUUUAAAAUAACCAUUUUAGCAUGUCUGAUAUCACUGGUAAU